CGGAUCCAAAACAAUAAAUAAACUAAAAUCCGCUGCUCUUCUCUCUCAUUCUAACGGUCGCAUUUUUCCUUAAUCGUUUCUCUCUCUCUCUCGCUCUUCGUUUCACAGCAGCGCCAUCAACGGAACCUCUAAUUCCACUUUUCCUAACCCUAAACACAGCAGCGCCGUACGUUCAUCUGAGUUUUGGUCUCCGAUUGCUAAAAAAAGGAAAAAGGGUUUGAUGUCAAAUCAGCUUCUACAAAUGGAAACCACGUGUGGAUCCCUUCUUUAUGAACUUCAGAUAAUAUGGGAUGAGGUUGGAGAGACAGAUGAAGAAAGAGAUAAAUUGUUGUUGGAGGUGGAACAAGAAUGUCUUGAAGUUUAUAGAAGAAAAGUGGACCAUGCUAAUAGGAACAGGGCUCAACUUAGACAGGCUAUUGCUGAUUCUGAAGCUGAACUUGCUGCUGUCUGUUCUUCUAUGGGGGAGCUUCCUGUCCAUAUUCGCCAGGCUGAUCAAAGUGCUGGAACCUUGAAGGAAGAACUUCAAAGAAUUCUUCCACAACUUGAGGAGAUGCGGAAAAGGAAAUCAGACAGAAGGAAUCAGUUCCUUGAAGUCUUAGAAGAAAUACAGAAGAUCUCAAAUGAGAUAUAUGGGUCGGCUGAUCGUAUUUUUGUUGAUGAAACUGAUAUUUCUUUGAGAAAACUUGAAGAGUUACACAAGGAGCUGUAUGCACUUCAGAAAGAGAAGAGUGAUCGCUUGAAGCAGGUGCAGGAGCAUCUCGAUACUUUAAACUCACUUUGCUUAGUGCUUGGUUUUGAUUUCAAUCAAACUCUUAAUGAAGUGCACUCAAGUUUUGGUAAUACUGAAGGGUCAAGGAACAUUAGUACUGUUGUAAUUCAGAACUUGGCUACUGCAAUAAUCAAAUUGCGGGAGGUCAAAAUACAAAGAAUGCAAAAGCUUCAAGAUCUUGCAACAACAAUGCUGGAAUUAUGGCAUUUGAUGGAUACCCCAAUUGAAGAGCAGCAAGUAUUCCAGAAUAUUACAUGUAAUAUAGCUGCUGCAGAACAUGAGAUUAACGAACCAAACACUUUAUCUGUGGACUUCAUCAAUAAUGUUCAAGAAGAAGUAAUUCGGUUGGAACAGUUGAAAUCAAGCAAGAUGAAAGAUCUUGUUCUGAAGAAGAGGUCAGAGCUGGAAGAGAUCUGUCGCAAGACACAUAUGGUUCCAGAACUAGAUACUGCAAUACAAUAUGCCGUAGAAGCCAUAGAAUCUGGAAAUGUGGAUCCUGCUGGCGUCCUUGAGAAGAUUGAACUUCAAAUUGGUAAUGUUAAAGAAGAAGCUUUUAGCAGAAAAGAAAUACUUGAAAAGGUUGAGAAAUGGUUGGUUGCUUGUGAAGAGGAAUGCUGGCUUGAGGAGUAUAAUAGGGAUGAGAACCGAUACAAUGCUGGGAGAGGAGCCCAUCUUACUCUAAAACGUGCUGAGAAAGCCCGUGCAUUGGUUAAUAAACUUCCAGGUAUGGUAGAGGCAUUGGCUUUAAAAACCAUAGCAUGGGAAAAGGAGAGAGACAUUCAAUUUUUAUACGAUGGUGUUCGCCUGCUUUCAAUGCUUGAGGAGUAUAACAUAUUACGACAGGAGAAAGAGGAGGAAAGGCGGAGGCAGAGGGAUCAGAAGAAAUUGCAAGGACAGCUGAUAGCAGAGCAAGAAGCACUGUAUGGGUCAAAACCCAGUCCUUCAAAGACGGGAUGUGCCAAAAAAGUGUCUAGGAUUUCAACUGGAGGUGUAAGCAACAGAAGACUUUCCCUUGGGGGAGCAAUGCAUCAAACUACUACACCACAUUCACGUCCGGGAAAAAAACUUGACAGAAUGAAUCAACAUGAUCCUGUAAAUCACAGGCAGGAUGAUGGCUUUUCAGCACUAUCAGCUGGUAGGAGAGGGUUGGAUAUUGCUGGUCUUCCUGCGAAAAAGCAUCCUUUCAGUACUGUAAAUGCUGUAAAUGCUCAUGAACCAGAGUCACCAAUGCUGCGGAAGCCUUUCUCACCUGUUUCUUUCACAGGAUAUUCAAAAGCCAAUGUAUUAGAAGAAGCGACAACAGCACAGGAUGAGACUAUUAAGAAGAUAAUUUCAACUAAUGAACCAGCUUUUACUACUCCGUUGAAGAAACAUUGCAUAGUAGACGAGGAGAACCGAACUCCCAAGGCAAUGCAAAUCCCUGUGCCGACGACACCUUCAACGGUGUCUGUUCCAAUGCAAACAGCUUUCACACCAGCCCCUCUACCAGUAUCAAAAUCAAAAGAAGUUGCUGAAGAAAUUGAAUAUUCAUUUGAGGAAAGAAGAGCUGGAUUUGUUCUUCCCAGAACUCAUAUAAAGUCGAUACAAGUUUGAUGUUGAAGUUGAAUUGAAGUGUUUGCCAAAUAUUUGAUUUUGAUUGGUUCCUAACUCUUAGGAUUUGUUUUGAUAUUAGUCGACUGUAAUUGUCUUUUAUUACAAUGCUGUAAAUCUACGAGUAUUGAACGUUGAAUAGGUUGUUGUUUAAAGAUGUUUCCAGCUAAUCAAAGUUAAAUUUUCGCUGCA